GCACGGAGCAGCCGAGAAGCAGCGUAACCUCACGGCAAACAAACUUCAGAAGUUCGCUUUUCUCCACGCGCUCUCUUCAAUGUCACCAUGCGCAGCAUCUCAUCCUGCGGUGCGCUGCUGUCAGUCUACUACCCACAGAUCUUCCUCAUCCUCACCAGCGGCAGCUACCUGGCUUUGUCUUCAGUCGUGGCUUUGGGCGCAAACAUCAUCUGCAACAAGAUCCCCGGCCUGGCCCCCCGACAGCGUGCCAUCUGCCAGAGCCGCCCAGAUGCCAUCAUCAUCAUUGGGGAAGGCGCUCAGCUGGGCAUCAACGAGUGCCAGUAUCAGUUUCGCUACGGCCGGUGGAACUGCUCUGCCCUUGGCGAGAGGACCGUCUUUGGGCAAGAGCUGAGAGUAGGUAGCAAGGAGGCUGCAUUUACCUACGCCAUAACUGCAGCAGGAGUUGCCCAUGCAGUGACCGCAGCCUGCAGUCAGGGCAACCUGAGCCACUGCGGCUGCGACAGAGAAAAACAAGGCUAUCAUGACCAUGAAGAGGGCUGGAAAUGGGGCGGCUGCUCGGCGGACGUCAAAUAUGGAGUAGAGUUCUCCAGGCGCUUCGUGGAUGCACGAGAGAUUAAAAAAAACGCAAGGAGGCUAAUGAACCUGCACAAUAAUGAAGCUGGAAGAAAGGUUCUAGAAGAAAGGAUGAAGCUGGAAUGUAAAUGUCAUGGUGUCUCCGGCUCAUGCACCACCAAAACCUGCUGGACCACUUUGCCGAAAUUCCGGGAGAUCGGCUACGUGCUGAAGGAGCGUUACACCACCGCGCUUGAGGUGGAGGCUGUGAGAGCCACUCGUUUUCGGCAGCCCUCCUUUCUACGUCUCAAGCAGUCUCGAGGGUACAUCAAGCCCACAGACACAGACUUGGUGUUCUUAGAGCGCUCCCCCAAUUACUGCGAGGAGGACACUGUGACGGGGAGCGCAGGAACAAGAGGACGCCUGUGUAACCACACGUCUCCUCUCACAGACGGCUGCAACCUGAUGUGCUGCGGCCGAGGACACAACACUCAUCAGUACACACGCGUGUGGCAGUGUAACUGCAAGUUCCAGUGGUGCUGCUUUGUGAAGUGCAACACCUGCAGCGAAAAGACAGAGGUGUUCACUUGUAAAUGAAGACGUGGACAAGGUUAUGGACAAGAAAAAAAGGCAAUAAGCCAAUGGAGAGAAGCAGAAAGUGACACAGCUUCUUCAUUUUGCACAUCAGGCAGUCUUUACACAAGAAAGGCCAUUUGUUGAGGAAUAAUAAAGAAGAUGUCAGAACUUUAGGAGGAAAAUGCACUGACCUUAGACCGAUUUUCUUGCAAAUGUGGACACUUCAUAUGAGUGCAAGGCUUUCAUAGUUCUCAGAUUCUUGAGGAAGUUCACAGGGACCUGAUGAUGACUCUAAAUACUUAUCAGGCAGUAUAAACUGCGUAUAAAAGUGACAUUCUUCUAAUUGACGACAAGAAAAACUUGUCUGAAAUGCUGAGCCCCUAUGGGAGCUCAAGAAGAAAAAGUAAAAUGUUCGUUCACACUGUAUCUGUUUGAACACUGAAAAAAAAGUAUUUUCCUUCUCUUUGGAGAGAAAUAAAUUCAUACUGUAGAUGUCUCAUAAUGAUAUGCAGAAGUGUGAACUUCUAGUAUCAUUGGCUACUGAUCUGUUGCUUCUAAAAUUCAACCUCCAUGUAUAAAAAGCUGCUUCUCUUCACCAUUGUUUUGCAGUUUAUCAAUUGAA